AUGAUUAAGAAAAUGUCACCUUCCGAGAAUGACUUCGACAUACCGGCCAAGAAUUGCCACCGGAUGGUGAUUCUGGGCUCCACUAAAGUUGGGAAGACAGCCAUCAUCUCUCGGUUUCUGAACGAGAGGUUUGAUGACCAGUACACACCCACUAUUGAGGACUUUCACAGGAAAUUGUACAGCAUCAGGGGAGACGUUUAUCAACUGGACAUUUUGGACACAUCUGGAAAUCAUCCCUUCCCUGCAAUGAGGAGACUUUCAAUUCUUACCGGUGAUGUGUUCAUCUUGGUAUUUAGCCUGGAUAACAGAGACUCCUUCCAGGAGGUGCAGCGCCUGAAGCGCCAGAUUUAUGAGACCAAGUCCUGCCUGCGAAACAAAACCAAGGAGAACGUCGACGUCCCGCUGGUCAUCUGCGGCAACAAGUGCGACAGGGACUUUUACCGCGAGGUGCAAGAGGACGAGAUCGAGCAGCUGGUUGGUGGAGACGAGCACUGCGCUUACUUUGAAAUUUCAGCAAAGAAGAACACCAACGUAGACCAAAUGUUCCAGACUCUCUUCACCAUGGCCAAGCUGCCUAACGAAAUGAGCCCCGACCGGCACUGCAAAGUUUCCCUGCAGUACUGCGAGGUUCUUCACAGAAAGUCCUUCAGAAACAAGAAGUGCAAAGAUGGGAACGCAUAUGGGAUUGUGGCGCCGUUUGCACGGAGACCCAGCGUGCACAGUGACUUGAUGUACAUAAAGGAAAAAGCUGUAGGAGGCAGCCAGACCAAAGAGAAAAGCUGCGUCAUAUGCUGACAUGUUCUUUGCCUUUCUGUGAGACUUUCCAGAGCUGAAGCGGCCAGCUGUUCUGCAUACAGGGCACAUAGGUCCAAAUACUGUAGACAUCAGCCUCUGAGGCGACAGUGACACACUGUGAUCCAAGCUCUGCUGACACACAUGGGGCUAGUGGUUCUGCUCAUAGGCCUAACCCCCGUGUGGUGAUGCAGUAGAUGCUCUGAAAAUGCUGUAAAAUCUGCCUCUACAUUAGCUUGCCGAGAAAGGCACUGGAGAAAUGAAUGUUUACAUUUAGCUAGUUUUUUCAGACUUGAUGGAACUUGAAUGUUUGUUGCAUUAUGAACAAAUUUGAACCUGAAUGUAUAUUUAUUAUGUCCACGUCAACUUUUGCAGAAAAGAGAAAAUAAA